AUGUCUGGUUAUCCCGGUCGAGGCCAUUACGGUGCCGCGCAGCAUCACGGUGGUGGAGGGGGCUUCCCUCCUGGCCAAGGUCCUGGCUACGGCUACGGCUACGGCAACUACGGCGGCCCCCCUCAAGGCCCUCCUCAGGGUAAUUAUGGUCCUCCGCAGGGACAGUACAAUUCACCGCCUCCUGGAAAUUACGGUCCGCCUCAGGGAAACUACGGUCCUCCGCCUCCGGGCCCGCGUCCGCCGUCCGGUCCCUACGGCCAUAGCCCCCAGCCUCAGUAUGCUCGGCCUCCGCCCGCCGAUCCACCACCGCCGGGCUACGAUGCUUACGGCUAUCCCAUGCAAGGAGGCAACUAUGCCUACCGCGCGCAGGCCGGCCCUCCUCCUCCCACGGCUCCCCAGCAGUUUGGCCACGGUGCUCCUCAAGGCUACACAUUCCAGUACUCCAACUGUACUGGUCGUCGAAAGGCCUUGUUGAUCGGAAUCAACUACUUUGGGCAAAAGGGAGAGCUCCGCGGGUGUAUCAACGACGUCCAUAAUGUGUCGAAUUUCUUGGUCGAAAGAUAUGGAUACAAGCGGGAGGACAUGGUCAUUUUGACCGAUGAUCAACAGAACCCCGUUAUGCGACCUACAAAGGCCAACAUGACUCGCGCCAUGGGAUGGCUUGUCAAGGAUGCUCGCCCCAACGACGCCCUGUUCUUCCACUACUCUGGCCACGGUGGUCAGACCGAGGAUCUCGAUGGUGACGAAGACGAUGGCUUUGACGAGGUCAUUUACCCCGUCGACCAUCAGCAAGCCGGACACAUUGUUGAUGACGAAAUUCACUUCCGCCUGGUCAAACCCCUCCAACCAGGUGUUCGUCUGACGGCCAUUUUUGACUCUUGCCACUCGGCCACCGCAAUGGACUUGCCGUACGUUUAUUCCACCAAGGGCGUAUUGAAGGAGCCCAACCUUGCCAAGGAAGCUGGCCAGGGUCUUCUUAGUGCGCUGGGAUCCUACGCGCGUGGCGACAUGGCGGGCGUCGCAAGCACCGUCUUUGGCUUUGCAAAGUCGGCGUUCAAGGGGGAUGAUGCAUACAACAAGACCAAGGACACUCGCACAUCGCCUGCUGAUGUCAUCAUGUGGUCGGGAAGCAAGGAUGACCAGACAUCUGCCGAUGCCACAAUCGCCAACCAGGCGACAGGAGCCAUGUCCUGGGCUUUCAUUACCGCCCUGAAACAGAAUCCCAGGCAGAGUUACGUGGAACUUCUGAACAGCAUUCGCGAUGUCCUGGCGUCAAAGUACACUCAGAAGCCCCAGCUGUCAUGCAGCCACCCACUGGAUACGAACUUGCUUUUCGUCAUGUAA